GAGGGCCUUUUCGAACAUGGAGCUGAUAACGCUGGUCUUAGCCAGUUUCGUCUGUCUUUCCGGAAUCGUUUACUACUUCCUGAGACGUGAACAGCAACAAUGGUCACGGUUGGGUGUUCCUACUGCGAAGAACCCACACCUGAUUUAUGGAAACAUUCGAGGAAUAUUCCAGAAAGAGCACAGCUGCAAAGUUCUCCAACGGUUGUAUUGGGAGUUCAAGGGCCGUGGGCUUAAGAUGGGUGGAAUCAUGAACUUCUUCCAGCCGGCGGUUCUGGUGGUUGAUCCGGAGAUCAGCAAAAGUAUUCUGGUUAAAGAUUUCCACAAAUUCCACGAUCGUGGAGUUUUCGUGGAUUCGGCAGGAGAUCCUCUGAGUGCUAAUUUGUUCAGUCUGCAAGGUUCUGAAUGGAAGGCGAUGCGUACGAAGAUGUCGCCGACGUUUACGUCGGGUAAAAUGAAAUACAUGUUCGGAUCAGUGAUGAAGGUGGCAGAUGAGUUGAAGGAGUAUGUAGCGGAGAAUUGUGCGAAGGAGAAUAUCGAGCUGAAAAAUAUUCUGCAGCGGUUCACAAUGGACGUGAUUGGUAAUGUGGCAUUUGGAGUGGAGUGUAACUCGAUCAAAAAUCCAAGCUCCGAGUUUCGGCUGAUGGGUCUUAAAGCAAAUGAGUUUGACGGGAUAACGUUCUUUAAAUUAUUCAUCGGAGGCACCUACAAAAACUUUGCCAAGAAGAUCAAACUGAAGCUCAUUAAGGAAGACGUACAAAACUUCUUCAUGAAUUUAGUCCAUAGUACAAUCCAAUACAGAGAAAAAAACGGUGUGCGGAGGAACGAUUUCAUGGACCUAUUGAUAAGGAUCAAGAAUGAUGGCAAGCUCAGCAAUGAAGCCAAUUCCGGCGGAAAUGGAAUUACCGUAAGCGAAAUUGCGGCACAAUGCUUCAUAUUUUUCACGGCCGGAUUUGAGACUUCCUCGACAACUAUGAACUUUUGCCUCUACGAAUUGGCCAGAAAUCCAAAAAUUCAGGAUCGUCUUCGACGAGAAAUUGAAGAGUCGAUUGCGAAGGACGGCGGAGAGUUGAAGUACGAAACCUUACUCGGAAUGUCUUAUUUGGAUCGCGUCGUUAACGAAACCCUCCGGAAGUACUCCGCAGUGGACAACCUCUUCCGGAUGUCCAACUCCCCGUACACACCAGAAGGUUGCGAUUUCACCAUUCCCGCAGGCACUAUGUUCCAGAUCCCCGUCCAUUCGAUGCACCACGACCCGGACCAUUUCCCGAACCCGCAACGCUUUGAUCCGGAUCGGUUCCUCCCGGAAGCGGUACGAUCGCGGCAUCCCUUUGCCUAUCUUCCGUUCGGAGAAGGACCUCGCAUUUGCGUUGGAAUGCGGUUCGGGCAGAUGCAGACGAAGAUUGGUUUGGUUACAUUGCUGCGGAGCUUCCGGUUCGCUCCCAUGAGCGAAACUCCAGAUCGUUUAGAGUUUGACGAAAAGGUGUUCGUGCUGACGCCCAAGACAGGAGUAUAUUUGAAAAUUGAACCGAUCGGAAAUGUGAUUCCAAUCGAACGCGUGCCGAAGGAUUGACGAGUUUCAUUAUCAGCUGAUUUGAGCUUGUUAGGCCACGACAGAUGUGCGGACGUUUGCAAGUUAGGCUGUUUGCAUUUCAUAUCAUUAUUGCCAUGCAUCGUCGCUCGGAAUGUUUAUUAUUGACUGCAGUUUAGCAUUACGGUAGAUUACGUUGCUGGCAAUUAUAGACAUGCGUGAAAUUGAUGAACUGUUGUGACAAUAAAUAACGAAACGGAAAUGUUACCGAUUACCCACAAAA